CGAUAAGUCACGUGCUCAAAAACUAGCUCCGAUUCCAGUGCAAGAAACUCUGUGCUCCGAAAGAGUGAAACAUAACAUAUACACAGAUAAAAGUGUGUUCAGUGUCAAGUGUACAAAAUAUUCAAUAUGGAUCACAACAUGCAUGUCAAUGCGCCACUGCAUCAUUGGGGCUAUGGUGCUGCUGCUUCCGUAGCUGCCAUGCCGCCGUCUACAUCCCAAAGCCAUUGGGUGCCACCGCCGCAGAGUCAUAGUCAUCACAGUCAUCAUAGCCAUCAUAGUCACAAUAGCCUGAAGCGUGCCCUCUCCGAGAGUGACUGUGAUGAACUCUACUCGGAGGAAUCCUCCAAAGAACAAAUCUCGCCCAGUGAACCAGGAAGUUGCCAACUAAUGAGCCGCAAGAAACGCCGCGGAGUUAUCGAAAAGAAGCGUCGUGAUCGCAUUAACUCCUCACUGACCGAACUCAAGCGUCUGGUGCCUUCUGCCUAUGAGAAACAAGGAUCUGCCAAAUUGGAAAAGGCUGAAAUCCUACAAUUAACCGUGGAGCAUCUGAAGAGCCUUCAAUCAAAAACAUUGGACUCGCUCAACUAUGAUCCUCAGCGUGUGGCCAUGGACUAUCAUACGAUUGGCUUCCGCGAAUGCGCAGCCGAGGUGGCUCGCUAUCUGGUGACCAUUGAGGGCAUGGAUAUACAGGAUCCUCUGCGGCUGCGUCUUAUGUCGCAUUUGCAGUAUUUCGCCCAGCAACGGGAAUUGUCGGCAAAAUCGGCAUGCGCCAGUCCAGGAGGUGGUGGCUGGUCCUCGGCUAAUCCUAGUGCUGGCUAUCAGCCGAAUUGUGCUGCCACGCCCUAUCAGGGUUAUGUACCUGCUGGCAACUCAGGAGCAUAUGUGCAUAGUUAUCCAACUUUGAGUUCAGCAUCGCCACAACAUGUGACCAGAUCAAGUGUAUCGCGGACAAGUGGAGCAGGUCCUAGUGAGAUGCAUGAGAGCCGGGUGGAGGCAACUAGCCAGCAACAUCAGCAGGCACCUCAACCAGCACCACAAACCCAGCAGCAGCAGCAACCGCAGCAACAGCAGCCACCACAACAACAACAACAACAACAGCAACAACAACAGCAGCAACAACAACAACAACAACAACAGCAGCAAUCACACUAUACACAGGAACAUCCAGAUCAACAGGUGCCCACCUAUAUUGAGCUUACCAAUAGCCAUCGCAAUGAGCCCGCCUCCAUAACAGCCGAAAGUCUUAGCUAUAGCACUGCUCCACAAUAUCCAGUGAAUGGAAAUCAGGAUUACAACAAUGCUAGCGCCCUUCAAUAUGCCACGCCCAAUGGAGCCAAACCCUAUCGUCCCUGGGGCGCCGAAAUGGCCUACUGAGAGAACUGAACGGAAAACUUCAAGGAAAAUCAAGUGAAAAAUUGUAUACCCACAUCUAGUCAGAGCAAAUCCAAGUGUGAUAGUCUUGAGUUGCGAAUCCUUGUU